CUUUCGAAAUUCGAACAGUCGUGGUUGUAUCGUUGCAUUUAAUGGUUCUUUCGUUCGUUUGUAAAAUGCACAGGUGUUUAUAGUUCAAUAAGCGGGAGUUUACGUGUAGAAACUAUAUGAACAAUUGUUUGUUUAAGUGACAUUUAUUUAAUAAUUUCUAGUUGCUAAAGAUGGCGAUCACGCUUGUGAGAUUGGGAAUUCGUUCCAUUAGUUUGAAUUUGGAAAGGAGUGCCGCCCUUGUAUCAACCAGUACUCAUAAUCAAGUGAAGUUACUCCACACAAAACCAGUCUGCAAUGGGAGCGUGUGCUUCCUGCAGGAGAAGCAACGGGAGUGUGAUUUGACGGAGCAGAUGUCCAGCCUGAGGAGGAGCUACAGCAAGCAGCAUGGAAGGCCCGAGGAGAACAGGAGGAAACAGCAGUCCGACAGCGAAUCGGACUCCGAUUCUGACACUGAGUGCAAGGGUUUUGAUAGGUCGGAGUUCUGGAGGCGCAAGAUGCGCACCGUCCACAACAUUCUGGACAUAGACAAGGACGGACUGAUCUCAUUCAAUGAUUUCGCCUUAUUUGCCGAGAGGUUCAAGUCACUUGGCCACCUUGACGAGCAGCAGGCGAAAGAGUUCUCAGAUAUUAUUAAGCUAACAUGGGAGGAGCAAUGGGGUGCGGUGGACCCGUACAACUUUGUGACGGUGGAACAGUAUUUGGAAGACAUGCAUCAUGUGCUCAAUGACAAGACGUUGAAGAAGAAGGCGCACCGCUGGUUGCCCUAUCUAUUUAAGGCCGUAGAUAAAGACAAGUCGGGCUUCAUAUCUGUGAAGGAGUUCAAACUGUUCUUCGAGUGCUUGGGAUUGGACAAUGAGCAUGCAGCUGUUGCCUUCGCGGUCAUCGACACCAAUGGGGAUGGCAAACUAUCAAUGAAAGAGUUCGUGAAACUGGGCAAGGACUUUUUCUUUACGGAAGACGAAGCAAAAGUGUCAAAAAUGUUCUGGGGACCAUUGAUUGAAGUUUGAGAACUGUUUUAAUUAAUUUAAGCUAACGUGACUGCUCGAAAAAUUUUAAAUGACACACAAUAAAUAGAAGUAGAUAUCCGAUUUAUGUAUGCACUAGAGGGAGACUUUGUACAAAAGUCGUUUGCAUGGGCAUCUCUGUUUUACCCGUUGCUAAUGUGAAGCAGCUUGCAUGGUUGAUUUGAAGAGAGGGAUAUGGCAGUGAAUUUAGAAGGUACGGAGGCUAAACACUAUAGUUUUCAGGAAUGGCAACGCAUGAGGGGUACCCUGGGCAUCAUGGCGUAUUCUAUAGUAUACAUGGUACUGUUCAUAUCUAUAGAAUAGAAUAGAAAAUAUUUUAUGCCAGAAAAACAAAUAGUUAUAACAGAAAAUACAAUAAUAUUAUAUAUAAGAAGUCUCGUAUUAGGCAGAAGGAACUGGCCCAGCUGACGCUGUGAGUGUCCCAGUGCAAUGUGUACAGCUGCACAGAGCUGGUUUCAGUCAGUCCCUCUCUUAACAAAAUACAACUAAAAUACAAACGGGUACAACUGCAGUUGCAUGUUACAAGAAUGUGCCCUUUAUGUGAAUAAAAUAUAUAGGCGACGGUUACCACUUUCCAUCAGGCAACUGUCAGUUUGUUUGUCAUUUUAUAUGAUAAAAAAAUGAUGUUUAUAAAUUUGUUUUUUUUUUUUUUCAUUUGAAAUGAUUAUCUUCAUAUAUAAGUAUUUAUAACUAUUGAAUUUAAAUAUUUACCAAGUUUCAGUUUGCGAUAAGUUUAUAAUAAAUCAUAAACAUCUAGAUGCUGUAAUUAGAAAUCCAUCGACAAAACGAUUCAACUUUAUUUAAAAAUGGCGCACUUUUCGACAAGUAUAAAAGUUAUACUUUCAUAACACAAAAUGUCAUUAUUUAUAUUUAUUUCAUUAUAAAUAUUAUACACUCAGAUUUUCGUACAAUAUGAAUAAAACGCGUCAAUCGACUUUUGGUUGACUGUUUUUGAUAGACACUCCAUCUAGAGGUAUAUGAUCUUUUAUUUUUUAAUUUAUGACUCAACUUAGAAUACGCCAAAUGUUAGUUUUAUCAUAAGGUACCUACCUAUGUAUAAGCAUAUGAUAGCGAAAAUGUAUCUAUCGAUAGUUUUGUUUAUCACUUGUCUAGAUUCAAAGAUAAAAUAAUUAUGUUCCAUAAACUAAAAUUAACAUUAAAAAAAUAAUAAAAAACAAUGUAUUUUUAUAAGAUAAUCAUUUUAUGGUGAAACAAUUAUUAUUACCCGGUGCAAUUAAGAGCUAUAUUUUUUUUAUUGUAUAAGCUCGUAUUUUUACUCUUAUUUUGUAGUGUCAUAGAGAAUUAAAAAGACGGAAUAAACUUAAAAAAAAAUUAGAGUAUUAGUUUUAAUGAAAAUUAUACUGUUUUUUGCAGUAUGAAACAAUGGUACGGAAUAUUUACAGUGUCUGUUUAUAGGCCUCGUUGAAGUAAACAUACAGUGUUGCCAAUUUGAUAAAAGAUUUUCGGGUCAAGUAGAGUUGAAAAAAGCUACAUUAAUAAAACAAUUGUAAAAUAUCUUAAAUUUUUAUACACCAAACAAUAACAAAUUAUUAAAAAAAAAAAAUACUAAGAAUAAUAAUAAUUUUUUGUCAUCAACUUUUAUGGAAGCUAAGAUAUUUUCAAUUGUAUUAUAUUUUUAAAAAUAUUUAAAAGUGUUCUUGAGUAAUGGUAGCCGCUUUCUAUCAGUUAGACCGUCUGUUCGUUUGCCUUCCUAACAAUAAAAAAA